CAAGAAAUCCUACUAAAACGUGUUUUGUUAAAACUAGGUGUUAAUUUCGUUUAUCCAAACAACCACUAGGUGUGCCUCCCCUCCCUCACCCCAAACCACCUCCUUGUCCUUCUCCAAUCUCGAAUGAUGUAGAUCCUGCGGCGGCGCUAGAUUUGCACCGGCGGGAUUUGGAAUUGAAGAUCCUGGGCUUGAGUUCCUGCUCGAUGCUGCCUAUAGGUUCCCACUGCAGGAGGAGUUUUGCUGGGUCUGGGUGCGGCCAGCAGGUCGGCUGCGCUGACCCGGAGAGGGCACAGGUGGGGGUUCGUCGGCGACCAGAUGCAUCUCCAACUCUGUCGGCACAAUCAACCGACGGGGUCAACCCGGAGGCCCAUGGUUGGACAAAAAGAUUACGCUUCCGCGGUGCAUCACCGGACCGGACACCAUGUCCUUCUAGGAUGAGUGCACUGGAGCAGUCAAUUCAAAAACCAGAACAGAUGUAUGGAGGUGGCAAUCAGCAAAGUUUAUCCGGACAGUGUGCACUGGUGGUGCAAAUGGCAUGUGCUGAAGAAGGCAAAGGAGCGUUUGGUCCCCUGUACAUGAAGGAGAGAGAGUUCCAAGCUGAAUUCUACAAAGUGGUGAACCACAUGUUAAAUGAAGAUGAGUUCGAGACAACGUGGGGUAUGCUGCUUAAUAAGUACAACCUGAAGAAGCACCCUUACAUGACCCAGAUCUACGAAAUAAGAAGAAAAUGGCCAAAAACAUACUUCAAGGAGUUUUUUUGCAUCAAGAUGACAUGCAAAGAACGCAGCAAGAGCGUGAACUGCAUGUUGAAGAAGCACAUGCCUCCUGCUCGCCCGAUGCACACCUUUGUGAGGCAGUACAUGAGGUUGUUGUUUGACCGCGAGCGCGAGGAAAGCUACGAGGAUAAGAGGAUGAUGAUCGUAACUCCACUACGUUUCUUUGCAUAGUUUUAGUGACAACCACCCAGAUCACCUACCCGCCGCACCGCCACCUCGUGUAUUUAUCUGGUUUCCAUCUUUUAAAAUUUACUUCUGUUUGACAGGGUGAAGUUGUUAGGAGAACGAAUUUGGCAAUUGAGAGACACGCAAGCAAGAUUUACACGAGGGCUAUGUUCUAGGAGUUUGGUUACCUACUAACUAAAGGCACGACGUACAAUGUCACGGAGGUGGAGAAGAUGAUGAAGUAUGUCACAACGCACAACGAAGAGGUGAAGAGAGGAAAAUGGAACAGAGUUGUGUACGAGGUUACAGUAAACGAGGACCACUUGGAGUUUAAGUGCGUGUGUGGACAAUUUGAGCACACCAGAAUGUUAUGAUGCCACGUCUUAAGGGUAACUUCCAUGGAUGAUAUCAUUUCGUUCCUCAAACUUCUGUUUGGAUAAGGAAUUUGUGUGUUCAGUGAAGACUUGCAUCUCGAGACGAUAUAUUUCUGAUAACCUAACUGCCCUUGGCGCCGGUCAUGGAUGUACUUCAUUUGAAGGAGAUUCUUGUGAAACAAUGGACCAAGGACGCAAGAGACAUUCUGCCCCAGCACCUGACUCAAUACCAGAAGGACCACUCUGUUAACAUGUUUUCAUGUGCAGGCAUUCGACAUUAUACAUGAAAGCUUUGGAAGUCAGUCGAGAUGGGAGAUGCGAGUGCAGAAUCAUUCGAGCACAUGUUAGCUGGUCUUGAUGCUUUGCUAUUGAUGGCCACAAGCAAACAACCUGUCUCGAAAAAGGGGAUGCACCCAAGAAACCAUGCCAGCCGGGGAAAUGCAAGAGAACUAUGGCAUGGAGUGUCACCGCCGAAACACCGGUAUUGCUGAAAAUUAAGUUGUGAUUGUUAAGUUUGUAUUUUGUAUCCUUGUUUGCCAAGGAUUUUCUAGUGUGUUUCAGUGAGCAUUGCUCCUCGCUUGUUCCUCCAUUUUUCAAGAUGUUGGACACCCUGUAUGAGUGAGUACAAAUAUGUUAAUGUUCGUCAGCACAAAUCUGUGGAUCAUUGUUUCUGAAAAACUGUUCCUUGUACUUAGGGGAGCUGACA